AUGCAUCAUGUACGCCUAGACAGAGUCGCUGCUGAACUCGGCCAGGUCUCAGCAAGGCUGGUGGAAAAACCGACUCGUGAAGAUGGGAAAGACCUUCGUGAAGCCAAUCGCGUUGGAUACCUGGAUGAGCGGUACUACAAGAAGGAGUCCGAUGGUUCGGAGUAUUCCCUGGUCUACGUCAACAUUCUCAGCGGCAUCACCCACCAGGUCCGAAUAACACUGAAGAGUCUUGGACAUCCGUUGGUGUCUGAUGACCGCUACCUGCCACGGACCGUGGCGUUUGACGAUGCAACCUGGUGCCCCCGAAACUUCCUGGUUGAAGUGAGAUCGGACUGGUUCGACAUGUGUGGCCCUUACAAAGACCGCAAAAGAAGGGCAUACAGCAGGAUCUCGAUUGAGAAUCCUUUGCCAAAGCUCUUCCAAGACAUUCUGGACACCAAGCUUACGAUGACAGAGAAGUUGGAUAACACUGCAGACAUGCACCUGGGUUGUGCGUCCGCUCCCGAAGGGAUCUACAGGGAACUGAUGGGACCGAAGGGAUCCGAAGGACUGCAGGAUGUGAGCAGGGCCCUACCCCCCCCCCCCCCCCUUAUGUUCCCCCCCCCCAUGGAACCCAACCCCCGCAACAUGGUGUCCGCCCCCCGCGGGCCCUCCCCAAACCCCCAAACCUCUCCCUAA